CGCUGGCUCAUCAAACAAGAUAUUGGAUUCCUUGAAGCCGACGGCAAGGCGAUGAAAGACAGAACAUCAUUAUCUUGAUACAAUACAACAGAGGCAGCACGUGUUGCAGUGGACCUGGCAAUGACGCUCUCAGACAGAGACGUGUAUGUUUUAGUGCUGGCGCCAUAUAAUGCGCAGAUCGCGAAGAUCAAGGAUCAACUCGCGAACCGCUAUUCCCACGCGCAAAAAAGACCCCGAGUUCUCACAGUCGAUGCCUCUCAGGGGACCGAAGCCGAGUGUGUCAUCAUUUCUCUAUGCAAAAAUUUCGGCACACCUGGAUUCCUGCGGUUCAAGAGAAGGGUUAAUGUCAUGACCUCGAGGGCGAGGCAAAUGGUGUCCUAUGUAAGUAGGUGGUCCCAUAUUCAAAGCGACACCCUACAAGACUCAUCACCAACACUCUUUCGGAUGCUCGGCCAUUACUCGAAGCAUGUCCCAAGCUUUGUGAUCAAACCUCCUAGUCGCCUUGCUUGUCGCUAGAUCAAGG